AUGGCCUACGCACCGGACAAGCCGGCGGGUGUUGACUCGGGAGCGGACAAUGUCACCGCGUAUCCCCUAGAUGCGGAACGUGCUCAUCAGGCCGUCGAGGACUAUGAUGUUGCGACGGUCGAGCGCGUGUAUCGCAAGCUGGACCUGCGCAUCAUCCCCGCCUUCUGGAUCCUAUACUUUCUCUGCUCGGCCAUUCGCUCCAACAUUGGCAUUGCGCAAACCAUGAACCAGGAUGCUGGGCAUGACCUCAUGACGGUGCUCAACCUCACGCCUCGCGAUACGUCGCUCGCCCUGGCAUUGUUCUACGUGGCCUAUGUCAUCUUCGACUUUCCCUCCAACUUGGUCAUGAGCAAAUUGAGCCCCCGAGUCUGGAUGGCGAGAAUCGUCUUUGCGACUGGUGUUGUGGGAGCUUGCUUUGCCGCGGUCCAGGAUGCAUGGAGCGUCAAGCUUCUGCGAUUCCUGCUCGGCGUGGUCAUUGCCGGUAUGUGGCCGGGUAUGUCGUACUACCUCACCCUCUUCUAUCCGCCGUCGCGCACUGGAAAGAGGAUCGGCAUGUACUUCACUGCCGCUCAGGUCUCUGCGGCCGUGGUUGGCCUCGUCUCUGCUGGCUUCCAGCUCAUGGAUGGCCUGGGUGGUCUCGUCGGCUUCCGCUGGAUGUUCCUCAUCUACGGUCUCGUGGCCGUCGUCUUGAGCUUCAUUCUACUCUGGUGGCUGCCCGAACGCCCCCUUCAGCCGGGUCAGGUCCGUGAGCGCAAAGGACUGUGGAGAUUUCUUCCACCCUCGCCCGAAGCCUUGACAGGCCAGGAUGCUGUCGUCCACUACCAAGACCUCAAGCGUGUCUACCACGCCCGUCCCUGGGGCGUCAAGGACCUCGGUCGCACGCUCCUCGACUGGCGUCUCUGGCCUCUGACGCUGAUGUACUUCGGCGUCGUCGGUGUCGGCAUUGGCACACAGCUCUAUGGCUCGGUCAUCAUUCGCUCGAUCCAGCCUACUGCCAGUGGCAUCGAAAUCAGCCUACUUUUCGCUCCGAUCUGGAUCAUGGAUCUCAUCGCCAUUCUCAUCUUCAUGCCCAUAUCGGAUCGCUUUCAUCGUUAUCGCGCCUUCAUUUUCUCUGGUGCCGUCUGCGUGCAGAUCACUGGUCUACUGGUUGUCACCUUUGCUACAAACAACGGCUGGGCCCGCUAUGGUGGUUUGUUGAUGGUCGGGUUCGGCCUUGGCCCCACAGUCCCGAAUUGCAUGGCCUGGACGAACGAGAUCUUCCAGCGUCGCCACGGCGAGGUCGGCGUUGCCACUGCCUCUGCCCUGAUAUCUGGCCUCGGCAAUCUGGGCAGUGUGACAAGUACCUACGCUCUCUACACGGGCUGGCCGGAGGACGCUGCUCCUGGACCCCAUCAGUACCGGCGCAGCAACUUGACAAUGAUUGGCAUUCUGGUUUUGAGCAUUGUCAGCUCUUUUGCCAUGAUGAUUCUCCUCAGGAUCUUUGGCAACGAGCCAAGCACCAAGCUCCACGACGACGAGAUCAACAGCGACCUGGAGGAUGGCGCGGCGCGCAGAGAGAACCAGCAGCGCGGUUUUGGGCUCUCGAAGUAA